UCAGAAAGAGGACGUCUACCUAAACCUCGUCCUCGAAUUUGUUCCUGAAACGGUAUACCGUGUUGCCAGAAGGUAUACUCGUCAGAAGGAGACGAUUCCUAUGAUUUAUGCCAAGUUGUACAUGUACCAGCUCUUCCGCAGUCUUGCUUAUAUCCACAACAAGGGCAUUUGCCACAGGGACAUCAAACCGCAGAAUCUACUUCUCGAUCCUUCUACAGGCGUGUUAAAGCUCUGUGAUUUUGGAAGGUAA